AUGAAGUCUCAGAAUACCUUCCGUCCUGCGAUCCUCCACCCUGCCUCGCUGAUAACGCUGUUCACUAUUUCUUUGGUACUGAUAGGGCUUGUAGAGUACGCCUGUCGCACACUUCCGAGUGUCGAUGACCCUAUCUUUGCGCCAAAACAACGCCGGGGGUCUACAGACAUACAGCACAUCUAUACUACCACGCAAGAUUACAGCAUUUUCAAGACUAUUACCGUUGUUGAAACCCGUCUGGCCAAUCAACACAGACAAUUCGAUUCUCAGCCUGUCGUCCCCGCUCCCGAGUCUAAUUUAUCUUUGGCACCUGAUCUGCCCAUAACGGAUUACGAAGGCGCCAUCCGCGAGACCUUGACAUUUACGCCCUGCAAUUCUUGCCCAGAAUUCACAGCAGCUAGUAGCGCGUAUCUAAGGAUCGAGACGUCAACCGCAACUACAACUCCCGUUCCAACGUUCCCCACACCAGCUGAUAGCGCCUACUUAAGGAUCGAGACAGCAACUACAAUCCCUGUUCCAAUAUCCACAGCAGCUAGUAGCGCCUAUUUAAGGAUCGAGACAUCGACCGCAACUACAAAUACCAAUGCAACGUCACCCGCGCCGAACUCCUAUCUUCGGAAGCAAAACGGCCACAUUGGUAGUACAUGGGACUACAUUCAAGGAGCCUAUCUUCCAACGCUGCUAUCUGUAAUGUUCACCGUCCCAUGGGUUAUCCUAAGCCGUGUGACCGCUUCCAUGGAACCUUUCUACUGUCUUGCGUCACCAAGCGGAGCCGCUGCCGAGAGAGCUCUGACCGUCAGUAUGAUCUCCCCGAUAUCGCCACUCUUGGCCAUAGAGAGCGGACAAUGGACGCGGCCAUUGACUGUACUUCUCGCUGUUUUGAGCGCGCUGAUCACUCCUCUCGCUCCCGAGACUAUAGGAAUUCAAACGAUCGGAAAGUGCGAUCACACUACUUUGGGCUGCACAGGGAGAAUAAGAGUUUUCGUCCCAGGGGCGAGAAUUAUCCAAGCACUUCUAGCCGUUAUGGCUAGCUCCACCAUCAUCGUUCUAAUCCUCCAGCGGCACAAGAAGUGGGUCUCUUCUUCGGAUCCGAGAAGCAUAGCGGCGCUAGCCGCUACUCUCUGGGGUACUGGAAUCAGAUCAAACUCAAAGACCUUGAGCGCUGCAACACAUAAAAACCACAUGAAACAAUUACUGGAAGGGUUUAGAUACAAAUUCGUUUCAGAGACUCAGAAUGAUGGUUCGACACGCGUUUGCCUCGUGAGCAUCCAAACAGGCCCUCAAAACUCGACACGCCAGGAUCAAAAGUCCCAAUACCCUGCGCUACAUAAUGAAAGCCACAUUGUUCCGGUUAUUGCGAGACGCCGAUUCUCAUCUAUCGCGUUCCUUUUUCUCUUGAUAGGUCUGACCGCAGUCAUUCUCACUUACCACUACACAAGCGGAGACACUGGCUUCGAAAACUUCAUGAGCGGACAAGGUUUUGGCGUGCAAUUCUUGCUUACGGGAGUCGGUGUCAUUAUUAGCUUCUAUUGGCGUUUCGUGUUCCAAGGUAAGCUGAUUCUGUCUCCUGCAUAG